AUAGAUAUAAUUAUACUAUAGAUAAUGUACAGAUAUGUAUAGAUAACAAUGCUACUCAUUGUCACUGAUGUCUCGGCUGGUGUUACUGGGGGAACAGCUGCUUGGUACUGGGCAGAAGAUAUUUUGCUGAUGUGUACAACCUGAUAGUUUGUUUGUUUGGUGGCUUUUAACAGGAUUUAAAAAGGCAAUUGUAGAGAAAAGAUUGGCAUUACUAAAUGACUGGGCUGUUUCUGUGGAAAGCUAAUUAGGGAUAUUGAAAAAAAUAUAUAUAAACAUUAACAGGUGGUUAAAAAGUAACCAGAAAAAAAUGUGCAAACAAAUGAUUUUAUUAUCAAUUUUCAAUGUUUUAUCUGCUAUAAUUUAUUAUGUAUGAAUAUAGCAUCUUCCUAAAUUGCAUUAUAAUUAGUGUUAUGAUUUUGGUUCAUUUUCAGUUGUUCCCUGUCUUGCUGCUUCAGACUGCGUUUUCCUGAUUCACGUCCGCAGCGGGCCUACGGUGGCCGGCAUGAAUGUGGGACUAGCCCCUCUCUCACAAUCAUGGAUGUAUAAUAAGAGCUCUUAUAAUACAUCUAUGCUCACAAUGCAAUGUGUGUUGUACGUGGGAAGAUAUGAGUGUUCAUGUGUUCAAUGUAGAUGUAGAUGUGAUGACAUGUGGGGCAGACAGCCCGCCGCCCCGCAGCAGCGUCAUUUGAAAUAUUUUAAAUGACGCUGCAGUGCGGCUACAGCGCGAGCUUGAAAUUUACAGUCGGCAAAAGAGGGGAGACUUUCCUCCAACGCUAGCAAACUUGAAUGAAUUAAGUGGAUUUCAUAACCAAGCACAGGGUACAAACCCUUUAUUUGGAGGAGAAACUGGAUUUAAAGCGCCUCGGAGCCCACCAGCCACGGAGUACUGUCAUCACUCAAACUGCUGGUUAAAUUAACCGCGGGAGGAAAAACCGCCAUGCUGCCCUUUUCUGAGCCGUCAGCUGCAGGUCUCAACGAGGGGAGUCACAUCCACCUGCUACAUGAUGCACAUUUCCUUGUUUGAACAUCACUCCCGGAGUUUGGGGUGUUCCCCAGAGAAGUCGCUAAGGAGAUGGGUGGAUGAGGAGGGAGGAGCAGCUAAAGAGACGGGAGGAGGAGGAGGAUGGAGUAUCCUUGUGGAACAUUUAAAAUGGUGAAGAUGCUCGAAUUUUGGUUAAUGGCAGGGGUACCAGGCAGGGUCGUUCUGACCCCACGAAGUAUGAAUGGAUGAACCAGUUAAGUUAAUGUUGCUCGUUCUGAUAACUUUGGCUGCUGUCUGUUUGCUUUUGAGAGCUCUGAGUGGGCCAGGGUGCAAGACCCGCCACUCUUAACUGCGAUCCAAGCGACGAGAAGCGAUUAAGCCAACUGACCCCUCUAACCGACUGUGAUAGGACAGGUCACCUGCUGUCAUAGAGGGAAAGAUGUGGUCCACAUCUAGGGCGAGUGGAGUAGUUGCCAGGAGCAGGCUAUUACUCAAGAGGAAGGAGGAGGAGAGCCCGGCUGGGACUCCUAAAAGAAAGAAGGUACCAUCUGGAGCGAGGGCUCUUUUCCCGGCUGGGAAAAGAGCAGGCAUGAUCUUCCUAAGCACGGAGAAGGGAUGGAAACCCAAGCGGGCUAGCAAGGGUCUUCCAUCGACAGUCAUGGUGGGCCUCCGGGUGCCAUGGCUAGUCCAACCGUGCAGGUUGUGCGCUGCCAGUCUGGGCUCGGUGAGGGCCGCCCAGACUCACUUGAGGAAAGCACACAAACCAAGGGUGAUUCUUUUCAUCUGCGGCAAGUGUGCUGGUACUCACAAGACCCCACACCGAGCGACGUGCCACGCAGCGAAGUGUGGGGCAACCCAAUCCGGAGCGGGUACCAUCACGGGGUUUGCCUGCAAUACAUGCCCUAAAUCUUUCUCCUCACAGAGGAGCCCCUUGGCCCAUCAGAGGAGGAAACACCUGGGCUUGUAUGUCAGCAAGGCAAGAGAGCGGAAGGCUAAGGCGGCAACCGACAGUGGGUGGACCCAGGCCGAACUGGCAACCCUGGAGUGCGUACACAACGACCUCGGCGGAAAAUCUGGGUUCCUCGAGGCAGCGGUUUCGGCCCUCCCCCACUACACGAAGGCCCAGAUACAGCGAAAAUGGAGGAGCCUCAGGAGGCUGAGGAGAAAAACUGUGGAUAAGUCCCCCACAGCGGUUGCCUUAGGGAAGUUGCCGGACCUCAGUGAGGAGCUGCCUCUCAGAGCCCCGGUGGCCCUGGUCAAGGAGCACCUUGCAAAGACCUUGCAGGUGAACAGUGCUGAUGGCGUGUCACCACUGACCUCCUCCUGCAAGGCAACCAACCGUUAUCUGAGGAAAGUACUCGCGGAUUCGGGGCCACGCUCGAAUCGUGAGUACGGGAAGGAAGACCUGGUCGGAUCGUCAAAAACGCCUCAAAAUGAACAAGAGGCUCCGAUACAAGAACUUGCAGACGCUGUAUCGGAGCAACAGAAGCUCUGCUGCGAGGUUGGUGCUCGAUGGCAGGGAACAAACGGUCUGCCGUAUUGAUCCCAGACUGGUCACUGAGACAUACAAGGGGAUAUGGGAGAGAGACGACAGUUUCUUGGGCCUUGGUUAGUUCGCCUCCUUGCCGGAGGCGGACAACUCGUCCCUAUGCCCUCCCAUCUCACGGCUGAGGCGCUACAGGCACUUCGGAAGAUGGACCAGGCGAGUGUGCCUGGUCCUGAUGGCGUUGGACGGCCUCGGACGGUUGCCGAGGUGCCUCAAACAGAGCCGAACCACCUUGAUCCCCAAGUCUAGUGAUCAGAGUAAAGCCGGCGACAUUAACAACUGGCACCCCAUUACAAUCGGCUCGGUAGUCUUGAGAGCGUUCUCAAGAGUCUUGACGAUGAGACUGACCGAGGCUUGCGCCAUCCACCCUCGUCAGCGGGGCUUCACAGAAGCGCCAGGCUGCUCCGAGAACCUGGCCAUCCUCGACGGACUUAUCCGGGUAAGUCCCAGAGGAAAACAUUGGCUGUCGUGUUCAUCGAUCUGACCAAGGCAUUCCACACUGUCUCCCACAAGCAUAUUGCCGAGGUGCUUGAGAGAUGUGGAAUGGAUGAGUUGAUUAGAGGUCUCAUCCGAGACUCCUACAGGAAUUGCUUCUCGACAAUAAAGACUGCUCAAGGCGACACCAGGAAGAUCGGGAUCAAGGUGGGUGUAAAACAAGGCAAUUCAAUGUCUCCUCUGCUCUUCAACCUGGCCCUCGACCCACUUCUCCACAUGUUGGAGAAGCUGGGGGUGGGGUUUAGUGUUGAGGGCACCGCCAUCACCUCACUGGCGUUCGUGGACGACCUGGUGAUUCUGAGUGACUCGUGGGAGGGUAUGUCCAGGAACUUGGAAAUCCUGGACAGAUUCUCGGACCUUACGGGCCUGAGGACCAAUCCCACCAAGUGUCAUGGAUUCCUUAUUGGGAGCGACGGCCCAAAACGAUACACAGUCAACGACUGUGACACUCGGUCACUCUCGGGAAUGCCCAUUCACAUGGUGGGGGAGCAGGAAUCGGCGAAGUAUCUGGACAUCCUGAUAAAUCCCUGAAAAGGGAUCCUGAAUCCCCCACUAAGAGAUACAAUAAAAGACAUGACGGACAGGAUAUCUAAGGCCCCCCUGAAACCAUCUCAGAAGGUCGAGCUUCUGAGAACGUACGCUAUCCCACGGACGGUGUACGUCGCGGACCACGGCUCGGCCUCACAAACAGCGUUGGACGAGUGUGACAGGGACAUUCGGACACAGGUGAAGAAAUGGCUCCACCUGGAGCCAUUCACCACCGACGGGCUGCUGUACAGCAGAUGUGUGGAUGGAGGACUUGGUAUCAUGAGAUUAGCUGCCCAGAUCCCGGCAAUCCAGCUAAGGAGGCUGUUGUCUCUGUACAACUCGACCGAUGACUGCACCAGGACGAUCUCCAGAGCCUCCAUCCCAGUGUCCCGGAUAUGGCAGCUCUGGCGGCAGGUGCUGCGGGAUG